AUGCCUCAGCCACACUUGGAAGUGUCGAACAGGGGCUCGAGCGACCACAGAUUGGAUGAUCCGUCGCCAGCGAAUUGGGACUUCAAGCUGGUCCACGCAGUGCGCCAGACCGGAAAUGGUGUCUGGGAGAGAGAGCAGAUCGAGGAAUUAGAGUAUGAGGCGCAGGCGCCCGAUGACGAAGUUGCGGGGGAGAAGUGA